UCUGAUAUUCCCUUACUCGAAUAUGUGAUUAGUUUAUGCCCUUUACCUCAGGGUUGUUUGCUAAAUGGGUAAGCCUAACUUUCGCCAAACAAUUGCUAUGUUUUGUAUGGUCAGUGCAAUGAGUACCCUGUCUAUCUCCAUUUUGAUGGUCCAGUCGGCAGGCGUGAACUUCAGCUUUCCUGAAUUCAACAGAUGCAAUACAAGCGACAUUCUUUGUGUUUUAGACGCUACAAUAUCAGCGCAUGGAUUCCAUCUUACAAAUAGUUCAAGUGCUUCCUAUAAAUUGACCAACAGAACUGCAGGUAGAGUUGUUUACAAUCAGACCAUUCGGCUUUCUUCUCUAGCCAGCUUUACGACGCACGUGCAGUUUGUUAUGAAAUAUUAUAAAAUGAACCCCCAUGAUCAUGGAGGUCAUGGAAUCGCUUUCUUAAUGGCAUCAAAAGAAAUCGCGACUCAGGGGAGAAGUUGCUCCUACGCUGGGCUUCCAGGAAAUGGAUCAUAUCUCUCAGCGGACGCAUUCGCUGUUGAAUUUAGUAGCCGUACUUCCCGAGUCAACACAAAAGUUGGUAAUGCUCGCCCUAUAGGUUACAGUUCUACCCAGUUAAAUAAAAAUUUAAAUGAUGGUACUUUGUGGAAUGCACGUAUAGAUUAUGACGGUAUAAGAAAAUACCUGCAAAUAUUCUUGUCCAAUGCCUCCAAUAGCUCAGUGUCCCAAACAGAUCCGGUUUUAGCGCAUUCUUUUGAUUGCUCAAAGUAUCUUCCUGAUAACCUUGUAGUAGCGAUUUCUGCUUCUGCUCAUAAAUCCUUUGAGACACACACAAUCCUUUCAUGGAGCUUCAAUACUAAGAUAAAAUCUAAGAAAUCUUCCAUGAAAAGAAUAAUUGUGACGACCGUAGUGACUUCUUUUACUUUAGUAGUAGUAAUAGUUAUGUGCGUCUUGUUUUCCAUUGCCAAAAAGAAGAGGAGAUUGGGAAGUGUGAACAAACAAACAGGUGAAGAUAAUGAAAUAGAGAUUGACAUGCUUGUAGACAAGGGUCCACGUAGGUAUAAGUUGGAGGAUCUCAAGGCUGGAACCAACAAUUUCAGUGAAACUUUAAAGCUGGGGCAGGGAGGAUUCGGUGGUGUGUACAAAGGCGUUAUAGGAGAAGCAAAUGAAGUUGUAGCUGUCAAGCGCAUCUCACAAGGGUCAAGACAGGGGUUAAAAGAAUUCAUCUCUGAAAUAAGCGUUGUUAGUCGAGUAAGACAUCGAAACCUGGUUCAGCUUUUGGGAUGGUGUCAUGAGAAAGGCGAAUUACUUUUGGUUUACGAGUAUAUGUCCAAUAGAAGCCUAGACAAACACCUUUUCAUCAAAGGAGACAUUCCCCCACUGCAGUGGAGUCACAGGUAUCGAAUAGCUUUGGAAAUAGCUUCUGGACUGCUAUAUCUCCAUGAAGAAAGGGCUCACUGUAUUGUACACAGAGAUGUAAAAUCCAGCAACGUUAUGCUUGACUGCGAUUUCAAUGCAAAGCUUGGGGAUUUCGGUUUGGCGCGCAUGUUGGAGCACAAUCGUUUGUCUCAAACCACAAUGGCAGCUGGAACCCUCGGUUACCUAGCUCCUGAGUGUGUGAUCACAGGAAGAACAAGCCCUGAAUCAGAUGUUUACGGCUUCGGUGCUGUGGCCAUAGAAAUCGCUACAGGAAGGAGAGCAGUAGAUUUGAGAUUGCAAGAACAUAAUAUGAAGCUUGUGGAGUGGGUAUGGGAUCUAUAUGGUCAAGACAAAAUUUUGGAUGCUGCAGAUGAGAAGUUAAAUGGGGAGUUUGAGAAGGCAGAAAUGGAACAAUUGACAGCGAUAGGGUUGUGGUGGUCUCAUCCAGAUCCAACUGCAAGACCCAAAAUGACGCAAGUGGUAAAGUUGCUGAAGAUGGAAGGUCAAAUGCCUAAUCUUCCUCGAGAAAUACCUGUACCAAGGUAUGCUGCAUUUCAUGGAGCCAACCUUUCAGUUCCUUCUUCAUUUAUAACGGAGACUUCCAAUGCACUCCCAUCUCUUGCUUCCACAUCUCAAUCAGGUAAAUCAUCUCAAGUCUCCUCUUGAGAAUUUUCAAGCACAACUCCCCUCGUUGUGCAUUUAUAAAAGGAAGCACAGGAGCUGUCUAUCACUACUCAACCUUUACAAUCUUCUACUCUCGAUUUGAAGCAAACAAUGAAAUCUCGAGCAAUUGGAUUGCCAGUUGCUAUGUCAGUUUCUCCUUUAUUAUUUGCUCUCCCAGACAUAUUUUUUAAUUGAAGAAAAUAUGUUUCAGAAAAGCUACUUGGAAUAUCCUGUAAUCUCUCUGUUCUUGAAACUCGUGUUGUAUUGGUAAAAUUUAUUAGAUGUGAUCCAUUUCGCCUGUUAAAUCCGGUCUUGUCUUUAUUUGCUGCAAAGUCCUUAUACUGCUGGUAUAGCCAGCCUGUUCAUCGAAUUGGCUCAAAGUUUCCUUUCAAACCUUUUUAUUUUGCAAUAUAUUGCGCAUGAUUUAUUUAGACAGCUACUCUAUUAAG